GCGAGAUUCACGUCGUCAGUGCGGAAAAUCCCGUGUCCCCCGAAUAAACAACUCCCAUACUUCGUCUUUCGAUUUUCCGAAGAAAGGAAAUUUAUUGCUACCGGCUAAAUAUAUAAAUAUAUAUUUUUUAACGCGUGUGCUUUUAUAUAUAUAUUUGUUUUUUUUUUGGAGCUACAGAGUGUGUUUCUUCGAUUUUGGGGCCAGUAAAAAUUGCUGAAAGUGCUUGUGGGCACACAAAACGCUGCACCUGUCUCACCUGAGUGCUUCAAGCCACAAAAGUGUAAAGUGCAGCGCGACUCUUUGCUUUUGGGCCGAUUGUUUUUGUAUUUUUGUUAUUUCGAGAUCCGAGAUUCAGCAAGAAUUCUGCGAGCGUGUGCGAGUGUUGUUAUUGCUGCCGCGCUCUAAUUGCCAGGUUUCGUGUGGAGAAUUCUUCGGCCGCUUCUUUUUCAUCUACUUGGGACGCCCGCACCGCAAAUGAGCUACCUGUGAAAAGUGCGCUGUAUAAUGAUGACGAUGACAGCCACCUCGGCCUCGAUAUCCACAUCCGCCUCCGCAUCCGCAGCUGCAUCGAUAGCCAACUCGGCGUCGACGGACUGCAGCAGCAGCAUGCAGGGAUCGUCGACCAGCUCGGCGUCCAGCGAUGUGAUGACCCUGACAACGACGGCGGCCUCCUCGUGGUGCGCCAUCCCGUCCAGCUGCCGUCUGCGGGUGCUCCGCCUGGUGAGGCCGCACCAGAGGCGCCUGCUGGUCGGCGGUCCGGAGCGGGGCAGCACGUACGGGUUCGCGGUGCGCGGGGGCAGGGAGCACGGCACCGGCUUCUUUGUGUCCCACGUGGAGCACGGCGGCGAGGCGCAGCUGAAGGGUCUACGGAUUGGUGACCAGAUAUUGCGGAUCAACGGCUUUCGCUUGGACGAUGCCGUGCACAAGGAGUUCAUCCAACUGGUGGCUGGUCAGGAUCGCGUCACCCUCAAAGUGCGGGGAGUGGGAAUGCUGCCUGUGCGGGACCAAGCGGAGGAACGUUUGUCCUGGAGCGUGGUGAAGUUGCCCAGCGUGAGCGGCACUCCGUCGGAGAGCUCCUUCAAGGGCGAGCGGCGAGUGGGGACAUCGGCCAGCAGGGACAUCAGCGUGGUGCUCCAUGUGGCGCCCAGGACGAAGCUGGGCCUGGGCAUCUGCAAGGGGCCCGAGUGGAAGCCGGGCAUCUUCGUGCAGUUCACCAAGGAGCGCAGUGUGGCUCGGGAGGCGGGCCUGCGGCCGGGCGACCAGAUCCUCAGCGUCAACAGCAUCGACUUCUCGGACGUGCUCUUCAGCGAGGCGGUGGCCGUGAUGAAGAGCAGCAGCAAACUGGACAUGGUGGUGCGCACGGCGGCGGGCUGUGACCUGUUCCCGGGCGAAUCCAGUGGCUACAACAGCUCGGCCAGUUCGGUGACCGGCGAUCAGAGUCCCUGCUGGGCGGAUGCCAAGUCCAAGCGAUUGACGGCGGUAAGGGAGGAGUCCGGCGGAGGUUCAAACUCAGGAUCUGGAACGGCUGGUACCAACUGGUCGCCGGGCGUCGAGGUGCACAAGCAGAUGAACAAGACCAUUAUCAAGCUAACCGAGAACGGGACCUCGAUAAACAACACCUACAUAGCCAGUUCCGGUGGCAGUUCCGGUUCCGGUUCCGGUUCCUCGGCCAGCGGCACUUCCGGUCGCAGCCAGCACUCGCAAUCGCACACGCACUCGAAUCCCUCUCGCCAUUCAACCACCAUGAAGCGCAGCCACCUGAGACCGGUUAACACUUCGACUUCGGCAGUGGGCCUAGCCGGAGGAUCAGGAUCGGGAUCAGGAGCGGGAGCGGCCGCCAUCGCCGUACCUGCUCCGCCGCCACCGGCCAUCGGUGAAGGAGUCAGUGCCGGCGGCUCCGUGGGCAGCAGUCUCUCCAGUGCCAUUACCGAGGAGCUCAAGAAGCGCAAGGAGAAGCAGCAACAGCAACAACAACAGCAGCAGCGCAACAAUCGCGAUCGAGAUAGAGAUCGAGAUGGAAAUGGAAAUGGAAACGUGGAUCGUCAGCUGGCGGGGCACAAUGAACGCGGAGUGGGAAAUGGAAAUGGAAAUGGAAGUGGAGGCCACCGCAACGCCGGCGGCCAAGUGUCGCAUCGCCAGCGGGCGAGUGUUGCUGGCGUGGCUGCAACAUUGCAGGGCAGCGAACGCAUCAGCAAUUCGGUCGGAGGAGGUGGAGGCGGAGGCGGAGGAGCAGGUGCAUCCAACGGCGCUGGUGGAGAUCAGCACACGGCACUGAUGGAUGAAUUCAAGCGGGCUCACCAGCGAAUGUUCAGGAACGGGUUCCAUGAGAGCGAGCACAAGUUGUCCAGUCUUGGCAAGAGCCCGCUGGGAAACAGAUCGCAUUUUGGGGGCCGGAAAAUGAGUUUGCUGCGCGUGAAGAACGGUGGGGGAGGAGACGGGGAGGGGUCAGGGGUCAUGCCGACCAUGCGACCCGUAAGCAUGGGUCGCCCGUUGGUCACCAUGUCCACAUAUCAGGAACGUGGUGAAACGCUAAAACGCACCUCGAUUAUGCCCGACGAGAGCUGUUAUCGGAAUAGUAUCAACAGCAAUGGCUUCGGCAGCAACAGGAGCAACAGCAACGGCAGCAACACGAGCAACAGCAACGGCAGCAACACGAGCAACAGCAACACCAGCAAUAAUAGUCGUCUGCAGCCACCGAACGGAAUAAAUCCUGCAAAUGGCAAUGGAUCGCCGGAACUGCCGCCACCGCCACCACAGUUCGCCAAUCCCCAGCCAAAGCAGCAGCUCAAGCUGAUCACCGGAAGUGCAGCGGCUAACGGAAGCGGAAACGGAAGUGGGAUUGGGCCUAACAAUGAAUUGGGCAAUGGCAGCUUGGCCAAGGUCAAGCAGCCCAUGUCGCCCAUGCGCAGUGCCAGCAUCAGUGUGGGCGGUUUCCGGCCACCGGCCACGCCCCAACCGGACUACGAUGCCGUCCAACUAAGAUCCCCUCCAGGAACAGGAACCGGAUCAGGAUCAGGAUCAACCACGAGUCAGCAGCAAAGGAGAACCCUGCGACUGGGCACGGUGACCAUCGGGGAGUACGGGGAUCAGAGGACGACGGGCAAGCGGGAAACGCUGCGGAAAACCAACGGAGAGGCCGGUGGCUCCAAUGGCAUCCUGAAGAACGGAAGCAACCGGAGCAGCGCCAGCUUCAAUCACGGCUCCGCCCACCAGCCGGAAAAGUCCAUCAAGUUCGGCAACUGAUCGGGAUAUAUACUACUAUACUCUAUAUAUUUUGUGCAAUAUGCUCGAUGACCCACAAGGAGAGUACAAAAAUCGGACGUGCAGCGACUUUCCAUACGCAUUACAUUAUAUCAGUUCUUUUUUUUUUUGCUUACAUCUAACUAUUAUUGUACUUUUUUUUUAACGAUUUGUUGGAAAUGUAUUGUACCACUAGUUGCUAUUAUUUAACAAACACUGUAAAUAAACCACAGGCGAGUGUGUGUGUGUGUGUGCGUUUCCAAUAAAGCAUAUACAUACCUUA